UACAGUACAACGCACUAUGGCUCCUAAAGUCAGUUCCAAAGGCGCGAAGAAAGCCGGUAAGGCCAAAGCCGUUCGCUCCGGAGAUAAGAAAAAGAAGAGGAAGCGAAAGGAAAGCUAUGCCAUCUACAUCUACAAGGUGUUGAAGCAGGUGCACCCCGACACAGGCAUCAGCAGCAAGGCCAUGUCCAUCAUGAACAGCUUCGUCAACGACAUCUUCGAAAGAAUCGCCGCCGAAGCUUCCCGCCUGGCUCACUACAACAAGCGCUCUACCAUCACCAGCCGCGAGAUCCAGACGGCUGUGCGCCUCUUGCUGCCAGGUGAGCUGGCCAAACACGCCGUGUCCGAGGGCACCAAGGCCGUCACCAAGUACACCAGCAGCAAAUAAACUUCAACUUAUUUGCCUGCCUGCCUCUCACCCCUGACUGCUAAUAUUCGUCACAGGUCCUUUUCAGGACCACCACACUUUCUCGGUGAAGGCAUUACUCUUCUUCACGCAAGUUUGCCUCUCUCUUUCCCUCUCCAUUGUGUUUUAUAUUACACGUAUAAAUUGCACAUCACAUGCUGUUGUACCACUUUAAUUUAAAUACGUCAAAUGUUACCUGUUUGACAAAGCAUUUUCGCUGUUUCAGGCAUUAAUACAUGUAUACAUAAUUGGUCAGCACUGAUAUACAGUCUCAAAUGCACACGCACAUUUUAUAUACGUUUACGGUAUAUAUAUAUAAACACAUACUUGGCACAUUUAUACAUUAUGUGGCAAAUUGUUUCCCUUACUUUGCCACAGAAGGUACAUGCACUGCUAAUAGCCCACAUACUGAAACAGCACAAGCGAUUCUGCACUGGUAUUUAUUUUUGAUACACUUUGUUUGAUGUCUUUCAUAUCUUGGACAAUUUCCAGUUUGUCUUCCCACUUGCUGCAGCGUCUGGGUACGCUUGUAUUCUCGGUCAUUAUUUUUGUGAUAGCACCGAGAGCGUUUUGUUAUGGAAUUGACUAACUUAAAAAAUUUUGGAGGGUAGUGGGUUUCUAGAGUCUGGAGAAGUGGAAUUGUUUCAAAUUAUAAUGCCUUUUUGACUGAAUAGGUUCUGAAAUGAUCCUGGUGCUUUUUCAUGUACAGUAAUCCCUCGCCACUUUGCUCUUCACCUUUUGCGGCUUCACUAUUUCGCAGGAUUUUAUGAGAUUAAUGGGAAAAAUGACUCGCAGAUCUAUGCUUCUUCGAGGAUUUUCAGUGAAAUUCCAUCAGCGGAAAAUGUAUAUAUUUUAUGAAUUUUUAGAUGAAAAAAGUCCAAAGUGUAUAAAAAUAUAUUACUAAUAUUAAUUCUAACAAUAAAGAAAUAUUAUAAAUAAUAAAAUUAAUAUGA